AUGACCGAUCAAAAAUCAUUUCGCGAUCAUGUUGGAGAUCCCGAGACCAAGAAGGGGGUCGCCGAUGAAGAGGUUGCUUUGGACGAGGAGACAUUGAAGCUCGACCGCCAGACUCUGCUCAGGCUGGACCUCUUGCUUAUGCCCAUGACCCUGAUGCUAUACCUGCUGGCUUGGUUAGAUCGUGCAAAUGUGGGCAACGCACGAGUGGCUGGUUUGGAAAAGGACCUCCAUUUGACCGAUUUGCAGUACAAAACAGUCAUUACCAUCACUUAUGUUCCCUAUGUCCUGUCUGAGCUUCCCUUCAACCUCCUGCUGAAGAUCAUCGGCCCCCUACACAACUAUUCCGGCUUCCUCGCAUGUCGAUUCUUCCUUGGCUUGCUAGAAGGAGGCCUCUUUCCCGGCAUUGUCCUCUUCUUGUCCAACUUCUACCGCCGCCACGAACUCCAGGUGCGCAUCGCCCUCUUUUUCUCCGCUGCUUCCCUGAGCGGCGCCUUCUCGGGCCUCCUAGCCGCAGCCAUCCAGCAGAUGAGCGGUAUCCACGGUAUGAAGGGCUGGCAGUGGAUCUUCCUGCUUGAGGGCUUAUUCACCGUCUGCUUCGGUAUUUUCUCGUUCCUCGUGCUGCCCAACGGACCAGAGAAAGUCGUCACUUUUCGCCCGGAACACUCGCAGCGCUGCAUCGCGCGUCUGCAGCAAGACAGCAACAACUUCGAAACUGAAUCCAAAGUCACAUUCAAGGGUGUCAUUUCCGUCCUGAAGGAUCUCCACGUCUGGAUCGCCUGUCUGAUCCUUUUCUGCAACGGGGCAUGCCUCUUCGGACUCGCAUACUUCUCGCCAUCCAUCGUCCAGGCGCUGGGAUACAGCCCUACAAAAACGCAGCUGAUGACCGUCCCGCCGUACGCCUGCGGGUUCAUCGUGACGAUGCUGACAGCAUACCUUUCCGAUCGCCGACAGCAGCGCGGCGCCGGGGCGUUCGUCACGAGCGGCAUUGCGCUGAUUGGCGCCGCGCUGGCCAUCAAUGGACGCAGCGUGGGCAUCCGCUACGCUGCGCUCAUGCUUCUCGUCACGGGUGUGUACGCCUGCGCGCCUUGUCUGAUUAGCUGGGUUCCGAAUAACACGGCUGGCCACCUGCGGCGUGCGACUGCUGUGGCGAUGGCGUUCAUCGCGACGAAUAUGGGCGGCAUCAUGAGUACGUGGAUCUAUCCCAAGGAGUCGGCGCCGUACUUCAACCUUGGAAUUCGCUUCAAUCUGGCGUUGCUGGUGAUUGCGAUGGUGCUUGCUGUGGUUCAGGUGCUCUUGUUGCGAUUUUUGAAUCGGAGGAAGGAGAGGGACCCCUUGAGACUGCUGCAGGGCCUGGAGAAUCUGCCGUAUGAGGAGCAGUUUGCCAAGCUAGGGGAUAGACACCCGAGAUAUAAGUAUACUUACUAG